UCUGUAAACCGGAAGGUGUUGCUGUUUACGUUGCUCCGACAGACGUUGGCUCUUCUGACAGUUAGCAUGGUGGCGAGAAGUUCCCAACGAGCCGAACACAAAGUUUAAAAAGUACCGCGUGGGGUUGUAGUUUGUGAACCUUCAACUUUCCAGGAUGUUUUCGUCGGUCUGGAGUUUUAUUAAACGCCACAAGAGGAAGUUUAUUUUCACCGGCGUUGUAGUUGGAGGAGUUUACGUCCUGGGUAAAUAUGCCCAGAAGAAGAUGGGCGAGUUCCAGGAGAACGAGGCGACGGAGUACAUCGCUCAGGCCCGACGGCAGUUCCACUUCGAGAGCAACCAGAGGACCUGCAACAUGACCGUGCUGUCGAUGCUCCCUUCGCUGAAAGAAGCCGUCGUCAACCAGCUGAACUCAGAGAGCCUCACCGCUCUCCUCAAGGCCAAACCGGCCAACAAGCUGGAAAUCUGGGAAGAUUUAAAGAUCAUCAGUUUCACCCGCACCGUGGUGGCGGUCUACAGCACCUGCAUGCUGGUGGUUCUGCUGAGAGUCCAGUUGAACGUCAUCGGGGGGUACCUGUACCUGGACAACUCCGCGGGCAAGAACACCGCGAAUCCUCUGGCUCCUCCGGAGGUCCAGCAGCAGUACCUGUCCAGCAUCCAACACCUACUGGGAGACGGUCUGAUAGAGUUGAUGACGGUCGUGAAGAAGGCGGUGCAGAGCGCUCUGGGAGGCGUGUCCCUGAAGCAGAGCCUGUCUCUGCUGGAGCUGGAGCAGCAGCUGAGCUGGAUCCGGGCGGAGGUGGAGGCCGGCUCGGAGCGGCCGAUGUCCUGGUACAUGCUGGCCGACGCCGAGGACGCGCUCGCCGACCAGGCGUGCGGUCUCACAGAAAACGACCUCGCGACCAUCCGACUGUUGAACGAGACGAGAGACAUGCUGGACAGUCCAGACUUCAACACCGUCCUCAACGCCACGUUAAACCGCGGUUUCUCUCGACUUCUCGACAACCUGGCCGAGUUCUUCCGCCCGCCUCCUGGUGACUCCGCCUCCAGCUUUGCACCCGACAGCCUGUCUGCAGUCAGUCUGCCGCUGGCCAAGAUCAUCCCCAUCGUCAACGGUCAGAUCAACUACAUCUGCAGUGAGACGCCGAGCCACUUCGUCCAGGACCUGCUGAUGAACGACCAGGUGAAGGAGUUCGCAGCCAACGUCUACGAGACGUUCAGCGCUCCACACGAGCUGCAGAAAUAACCGGCCAAGCGUGAGGAGGAGGAGAAAAGAGGGAUGGAAAACAUUCAUCCCUCUUUCCUUUCUGUGAUCUCUCUUCUCCUCCGAACCCCCCGAAGACUUUUCUCUCUGCGACGGCAGAAAUAACGAGUCCUUCCUGUGGAUUUUGAACCUGGCGUGGGAAGAAGAGACUUAAAACCCCUCGGACCACACUGCAUUCUGGGAAGUGGAGUCUUAUCUACUCCCGAGAGGUGGGAAACAAACGCACGAACCCGAAAAAAGCGCGAUGAAGGAUCGCUCGGCGCCGUUCUCCCGUUUCUUCAAACGAGGUGACAGAUUUUUUAGGAUGAUUUUUUUUUUCCCCCUGUUUCUAUCAGCGGACGUGAUUUCUGUUCUCGAUUUACUCGAUUUGCUCUUUCACAACUAAAUUCAGGUGUCAGAGGGAUGCGUUGGACCGAUGGCGCACGGUGGUGUUUGAUUAAAUAUGUUUUUGGUGCUAAACCAUUUUGUUUUUGAUUAGAAAAGAAAUUAAAUUAAAUUCGACGGCUUGUGAGGUACAUUUUGGUAGAUUACAACUUUUAAAAACACGAUAUAAAGAGUAAGAUCAAAUCGUCAUUGUGGAAUCGAUGCACACAGCGGCGAUGUGAAGUUGUACCUGCGGUUCUUCUUUUGGCCAGAAGGUGUCGCUGUUCUCCCUCUGUUGUCCUCCUCUGGGCUUCAUUCCAACACAGUUUCCUCCUGUGGAUUUACACCCUAAAACUACAGUAAUGGCCGCACUGAUGUUUUUUAAAUUGUUUUCCUCACAAAUGGGAGAAUAUAUUAAUAUAUGUUUACACCGCUUCUUUUAGUUGUUGUUGUUGUUGUUGUUGUUGUUUUUCCCACUAGGUCUGUCUGGAUGUGACUAAUCAAAUUAAGCCAAAACAAUAUCUGGGACCGGUGUGAGUCGUGCUCCGGAAAGGGGGGAAAAAUAAUAACAAUAAUAAUAAUAAUAAUCAAUCCGCUGAAGUCCAGGGAUGAAUGCAUACAGCCGAGUCAAAAAGUUACGAAACGCACGCUCCCCCACGUCUGUGGAGACGACGGUGGUCAGGUGACGGGUUUCGGCUCCACCGAUUGGCCGCCGGGGCAACGCGGCCGGAAUGUAAAUCUCUGUGCGUAUUAAUCGAUGCGAUGCCUUUUCGAAGCGUCCUGUGUAUGUUUGUAGAAAUCUAUUGAAGAGAUAAUAAAGUAUGAUUUAAAUAUA